AUCAAUUUCCAGGCUAGUCAACUCAUUUCAAACGUUUUCUUCUACAUCAUAAAAUUUUGAUAUUAAAUUAUGGCGAAGUCUGUGACGAUUUAUGAAAAACCAACAUCUCACUUAGGAUUGCCCGAUUGGUAUGCAAAGCAGUGGCAAUUGCAGGAGUCUGCAAAGAACCAAAUUUCCGAUUCAUUCGAGCUCCGCAAUACUGCGAGGACCCUUCGCAACGAAACGAAAAUCCGUACAGAAUGGGACACUCGAAUGAACGAUGCAAGAUUGGACGAUAGAGUCAAGGAGUUGAAGAAAUGGCAAGAAAUUUUGGAAAAAUUGUCAUCUUGUUUGUCCUCAGAAAUGAAACAAUUGAGGGAUGAACAAUCGGAGAGUGAGAGAGAUCUGGAUAAUAUUGAAUUACCCCUUCAAGUGGUGGCUCAGUGUAUUUCAAUGCGAGAUUGCAGAAGAGGAACGGAAUUGACAUACGACGAGGCAGACACUGAACUCAAGAAAGAAUUAACUGUCGUGGAAGCUGUGAAAAAAAGGCUCACUGAAAAAAUUCACGCUGCGUGGGUAAAGUUGAAUAAACUGGAGGAAGUGAAAUUCCAAUUGAAUCUGGAUCUCGACGAUAAAACAGAGACUAUUGCAAUUGAUGGUGAUAACUUAAUAAUGAACAGAAAUUCUGGGGGAAUCAGUUAUAAACCAAAUGCAUUACGAAUACCGAAAAGCUCCAACACAUACGAAACGUGGCAGGGCCACUGUCGGUACAUAAAAACUCUUGUUGAAAAUGAACUGAAAGAUACUCUGAGCUUUCGCGAGGCUCUCCAUGUAAUGCGUAAACGCGCCAAAAUUGAUACUGAAGCACAACAAGAAGCCACUGAUUAUGCAUUACGAAAGCGUAUAUAUCAAACGCAAAAAGCAAGGAAUGAAAUGGAGUGGAAGAAGAGAAAGAUGCAAGAGGAAAUGCAAUCAUUGAUGAAUGAAUUGACUCGACUUGAAGAGGCACUUAGGAACAAAGUCGAUGCUGUCAAAUGCGCUGAGACGAGACUGGAGAACCGCACCUACAGACCUGGCUACGAAUUAUGUAGGGACGAGCCAGAAUUUGGUUUAAACGACGAAGUUCUUCAGCUCAGAAAAACGAAGUCGGAACUUGUGACUAAAAUCAAUUGUACAAAAGCAACAUUCAACGGACUUGAAUCCCUCCUAAUUCAAAUCGAUCGCAAUCUCGACGACAAACAGCAUUCAUUAAUGACAGAUAUAAUGUGCCUGGACAUGCGAGCAACAUUGAAAACUGGAGAUAGAUCACCCCUGAUCAAUGAAACCGAACGUAACAUAAAGUUGACUCAACUUGAGAAUGAGAUACCUCUCGAGCUCUAAUCUUCACAUCUUUAUACGUUAUCAUCUGCACCCAUCUUCAAUCUGAUCACAUCAAUUAAUAAUAAAAAACAACCAUUGAGUCGUACAGCGCUAAUUCGAAAAGUGAAAUCACUUCGAUGAUGAGACAUUGAAGAAAAUGUCAGAGAUAUUUUCACAAUACCUUUCAUCACUUAUAGAAAAAGU